AUGGCGGGCGACAAGGCUGGCAGCGCAGCGGCUGCUCGCACCCCGGCCAAAGGCAAAGGUUCCUUGAGCAAACCGCCCCCCUCAUCGACCAAACAGCAAUCGUCCAUCUUCUCAUUCUUCCAGAAAUCUUCCCCUGGCGGUCCCGCGUCGUCGCCCCUGCAAAAGGGCACCGCAGCCGCUCCAAAGGUCUCUAGCACCAACCCUGACCCGCUUUCUUCCCCCGUCUGCCUAAAAGAGACCAGCAUGGCCAACUCUCUGCGCAAGGCAAACAACCAGAAGACCAAGAUGUCUGCUCCUCUACCCAGCAGCUCGGGAAUAGACCCCCCUGGUAGCUCGCAGGAGAAUAUGCGGCCCAGCGACGAUGAUUAUGGGGAACUUCCCUCUUCACCUCCCGUCGUGUCCUCUGCUGCCACGACGCACACAGCUACUAAUAGGGUUGGUGCUGCCGCUCCAAGCAGCCCGACUAGAAAGCGUUGCUUUAACGGUAUUCUGACGUUCCAACCAAACCAGGCCAGAAAGGUCGUUAGCUAUGCCGAAUCCGACGACGACGACGAACCUGUUGCCCCUUCGCGACUCCAACGUCGUGGACGCGCACGCCGCAACAUUGUCAAAGAUGAAGACGAAUAUGGCGACAGCCAGACGGCUGAAGAGGAUGACGACGCCGACAUGGAUGACUUCAUCGCGUCUGACGACGAAGAUGAGUACGAGACCAAGUCUAAAAAGCGCAAGCGUCCCUUGAAGUUUUCUUCUUCUCGCAAGAGAUCCAAUGUUUCAUCUCCAGCGAAUGAGGGGAAUGACGAGGAGGAAGAGCUCAUCAAGAUGGACCUAGACGACGUUGAGCUCCUCGCCCUCGGUGAGGACGGUGCAUCUUCCGCCCUGCAGUGGAAUUACGACCCUACAUCGACUGAAAAGAAGCCCGUCGUGCGCCCGGCUGACAGGGUCAGAGACCCCAAGACCAAGGAAAAGGCGCACACCAGGGAACCCGAGGAGCGCUACCCUUGGCUGGCUAAUAUCCGCGACAAGGAGAAGCGCAGCCCCGAUGACCCCGAGUACGACCCGCGCACCAUCUACAUCCCGCCCAUGGCCUGGAACAAGUUCUCGCCCUUUGAGAAGCAGUACUGGGAUAUUAAGCAGAACCACUGGGACACAAUCGUCUUUUUCAAAAAAGGAAAGUUCUACGAGAUGUACGAGAACGAUGCCACUGUUGGCCAUCAGGAGUUUGACUUUAAGAUGACGGACCGCGUCAACAUGCGCAUGGUUGGCGUCCCCGAGAGCUCCCUCGACCACUGGGUCAAUCAGUUCAUUGCCAAGCAGUACAAGGUUGCCCGUGUCGACCAGAUGGAGACCAACCUUGGAAAAGAGAUGCGCGAGAGGCAGGACAAGAGCAAAAAAGCCGACAAGAUCAUCACCCGUGAGCUUGCCUGUGUCCUGACUGCCGGAACCCUCGUCGACGGCGGCAUGUUGCAGGACGACAUGGCCGCCUACUGCGUCGCCAUCAAGGAGACCGUCGUCAAUGGCGCUCCGGCUUUUGGUGUCGCCUUUGCUGAUACAGCCACUGGCCGCUUUCACCUGUCCACCUUUGUGGACGACGCCGACCUGACCAAGUUUGAGACGCUCGUUGCUCAGACCCGUCCUAGGGAGCUUCUCCUCGAGAAGAGCCAUGUCUCUACAAAGACGCUGCGCGUUCUCAAGAACAACACCAGCCCCACCACCAUCUGGACCUACCUGAAGGCCACUACUGAAUUUUGGGAUGCCGACACAACGCGUCGCGAGCUCAACUGCGGCGGCUACUUUAUUUCCGGGAGAGAUGGUGAAACUGAAGAAGUCUGGCCCGAGGCUCUCCAGCAAUACAAGGACGACGACAUCAUGAUGUCGGCCGUCGGUGGACUGGUGUCUUACCUCAAAUUCCUCAAGCUCGAGCGUCCUCUUCUCUCCCAGGGCAGCUUCGAGGCCUACAGUCCCAUCCAGAAGAACAGCACCCUCGUCCUGGACGGAAAGACGCUCGUCAACCUUGAGCUCUUUGCCAACUCGGUCGACGGCGGCACCGACGGAACCCUUUUCAGCCUGCUCAACAGGUGUGUCACGCCCUUUGGCAAGCGCAUGUUCCGCAAAUGGGUCGCCCACCCUCUUUGUGACAUUCGCCGGAUCAACGAGCGCCUUGACGCCGUCGAGAUGUUCAACAAGGACCCCUCAGUGCGCGAACAAUUUUCGUCCCAGCUUGUCAAGAUGCCCGAUCUGGAGCGCCUCAUCUCGCGCAUCCACGCCGGCCAGUGUAAGCCAGAUGACUUUGUCCGCGUACUCGAAGGCUUUGAGCAGAUUGAGUACACCAUGAGCCUGCUGGGUGCCUUCCAGGGAGGAGGCGGCGUAUUGGACCAGCUCAUCUCUUCCAUGCCUAGCCUUGAGGAGCCCCUCAACUACUGGAAGACGGCCUUUGACCGCCGCAGGGCCCGCGAUGACAAGCUCCUGAUUCCCGAGCGCGGCAUUGACGACGAGUUUGACCAGAGUCUCGACCGCAUCGACGACAUCAAGGCCAAGCUCAACGACCUGCUGGUCGAGAAGAAAACGGCCCUCAAGUCCAAGGCCCUCAAGUACACAGACGUCGGCAAGGAAAUUUAUCAGCUUGAGACUCCCAAGAGCGUCAAGGUGCCCAACGACUGGCGUCAGAUGUCGGCCACCAAGGACCUCAAGCGCUGGUACUUCCCCGAGCUGACGCGCAUGGUGCGUGAUCUGCAGGAAGCCGAAGAGACGCAUUCACAGCUCGUCAAGGAGGUGGCCUCUCGCUUCUUCCACAAGUUUGACGCUGAUUACGACACAUGGCUGCGUUCCAUCAGCAUCGUCUCCAACCUCGACUGCCUCGUCAGCCUGUCCAAGGCGUCGACAUCGCUCGGCCAGCCCUCAUGCCGCCCCCAGUUUGUCGAUGAGGACCGUAGCGUAGUCGAAUUCGACGAACUGCGUCACCCUUGCAUGACGAACACAGUCGACGAUUUCAUCCCCAACGAUAUUAAGCUCGGCGGCGAUGAAGCCAAGAUCAAUCUGCUUACUGGUGCCAAUGCAGCCGGAAAGUCGACAAUUCUCCGCAUGUCCUGCAUCGCCGUCAUCAUGGCCCAGGUUGGAUGCAUGGUGCCGGCCAAGUCUGCGCGCCUCACGCCCGUAGACCGCAUCAUGUCUCGACUCGGAGCCAACGAUAACAUCUUUGCCGCCCAGUCAACCUUCUUCGUCGAGCUUUCUGAGACAAAGAAGAUCCUGUCUGAGGCAACUCCACGAUCCCUCGUCAUCCUCGACGAGCUCGGCCGCGGCACCAGCUCCUACGACGGUGUGGCCGUGGCACAGGCCGUGCUACACCACGUGGCCACGCACAUCGGCUGCGUUGGCUUCUUCGCGACGCACUACCACUCGCUUGCUACCGAGUUUGAGAACCACCCUGAGAUCCGCGCCAGACGCAUGCAGAUUCACGUCGACGAAGCCGAGAGGCGCGUUACCUUUCUCUACAAGCUCGAGGAUGGUAUUGCAGAAGGAAGUUUCGGUAUGCACUGCGCUGCCAUGUGCGGUAUAUCUUCGCGUGUCAUUGAGCGUGCCGAGACGGCUGCUCGGGAGUGGGAGCACACCAGUCGUCUCAAGGAUAGUCUGGAAAAGGCAAAGACUGGUUGCUACAUACCCUUAGGAUUCCUCAGUGACAUUGGCAGUAUCCUCGGCGACAAAACGGAUGUCGACGCUGCUGGGCUCGAUGUGCUUCUUAGGGGUAUCGAUGGUCUCUGA